GAUGCAGAGCUUCUGCUCGAAGAUUCUGGAAGUCUCUUGUUUGCCUCUUACACCGAGUCAGAAGGCGAGCAGGGAUUGCACCACAUUUCACGAUUAACCUGUUUGUGAUCAAAUAUGGUGAAGGAAACGGGUUUUUAUGAUAUGCUGGGUGUUAAACCCAGUGCCAGCCCUGAAGAACUGAAGAAGGCCUAUCGUAAACUGGCAUUGAAAUAUCACCCAGAUAAAAAUCCAACAGAGGGGGAAAAGUUCAAACAGAUCUCCCAGGCAUAUGAAGUUUUGUCAGAUGCCAAGAAGAGAGAAGUGUACGACAGAGGAGGUGAGAAGGCCAUCAAGGAAGGUGGAAAUGGAGGGUCGUGUUCCCCCAUGGACAUUUUUGACCUUUUCUUUGGAGGAGGCGGGCGAAUGCACAGGGAGAGAAGAGGCAAGAACGUGGUGCAUCAGCUGACCGUAUCUUUGGAGGACCUUUACAAUGGAACCACCAGGAAACUUGCUCUCCAGAAGAAUGUAAUAUGUGACAAAUGUGAAGGUCGUGGAGGGCGUAAAGGAGUAAUCGAAGUGUGUCCUCUGUGCCGUGGGGUGGGUGUCCAGGUCAGAUUACACCACUUGGCUCCUGGUAUGGUCCAGCAGAUCUCCACAGUGUGUGAGGGCUGUCAGGGACAAGGCCAGAGACUUGGUCACCGCGAUCGCUGCAAAACAUGCACAGGCCGCAAGAUACUACGACAGAAGAAGAUCCUGGAAGUGCACAUUGAUAAAGGUAUGAAAGAUGGACAGAAAAUAGUGUUUCAUGGUGAAGGGGACCAAGAGCCUGGGCUCAAACCUGGAGACAUCAUCAUCGUCUUGGAUCAGAGAGCACAUCCGCUUUACACCAGACAAGGAGAUGACCUGAUUGUGAGCAUGGAGCUGCAGCUGGUGGAGUCAUUGUGUGGUUUUCAAAAGCCCAUCAAAACACUGGACAGCAGAACUCUGCUCAUAACGUCUCAUCCAGGGGAACUGAUCAAACCUGGAGAUAAGAAAUGUGUUAUGAACGAGGGGAUGCCUAUGCACCGUCGGCCAUUUGAGAAAGGGAAGCUCAUCAUUCAUUUCAAUGUGGUCUUUCCUGAAGAGAACUUCCUCCCACUAAACAAACUGAAGGAGCUGGAAAGGUUUCUGCCCAACAAACAGGAGAACAUGGAGUCUGACAGCAUGGACGAUGACCUCUACAUCUACGCUGACCUCGAGGACUGUGACCUGAGCCACGAACGCCAUCAUUACCACUACAUAGAGGAGGAAGACUUUUACCCUUCAGGAGGGGUGCAGUGUCAGACCUCAUAGAGAUCCGCUUAACUUGCCCUUCACAAACACCACCUCUUCUGGAUUACCAGAAAUUAAAGGACCAAGAGGAAAGUCCAAUACCUCUCAACUAUAGUUGUGCCUAGCAUAAGACCUCUUAGUGCCGACCUCUUGUGUCAUCAUCGAGUGGAAGAAUCCCCUAAACCAAAUUCUGGAGCAAACUUUUAAAUAUGAUAAAUGGAGACUGUCAGUCAGUUCAGUCUAUAAAAAAAUGUGAGCGUGGAAAUGGAAGAGGAAUCAGGUGUAAAGCUGGUUGUGCCAUAAUCCCAGAAAUUUCCAGCUUUACAAAUCUCGUCAUCGAUUUUAGUUUUUUGUACUAAUUAUGGUAACUCCAUUCAAGGCUACCGUCGUUUGCUGAAACAACACAAUUGUUGAGUGUUUUUGGGACAACUUAAUAGUUUCAUGUUCAAUCCAGAUGAAUUUGUAUAAACGAAUAAGUUAAUUUGAGUCCUUCAGGUUGUCCCAACACAAGUCGAUUGUGUGGAGCUCAGCAUUUUUUACAGUGUACUUGAUCUCGAUGUUGUUGGUCUUUUGUUAUGUGCCAGUUAAUGUUUUUUAGAGCGUUUCAAACUUAAAAUGGUGGUCCUUUGAAAGAAAAUAAGAUGUCGUGUUGAAAACAUUUUCAGACUGUGAUGCGUUUCUGAAAAGCCUUACUGUGCAGCAGGUGUUACUAGCAUACUGCUGUCUAACACACUGACGUUAUGUUUAUAUCCCAGUUCCUGGCCGAAUAACAUUUAAGUAUAUUUUAGUUUUCAUCUGAAGUAAGAAAUAACUGCCAAGGAUUUCCACAAAACUAAAUCAUGUUGUGUUUGUUGGUUAUUUGAGAAGUACAUCUAAAAACAAAACAAAAAACAAUAAGCUUUGCAGAAUGUUCAAUUUUAAAAUGAGAGCACACUAAAAGUUGAACAUUU